AAAAAUCGGGUAGGAAAGAGCACGCCAUCGUUGAUGGAUCGUGCAAAUUCCGAAAUCUGUCGCUGCCUCUGAAAUCGAAUCUCGGGUGGGCAACGGAAUGGGACUGACGAAGGGUCUUCUCGUCAGUCCUUCUGCAGCACGAGACGGCGCUGCUAUAAAAAGAGACCGUGGAAUUUUGAACUCACGGCAUUUGCGCACGAUUGCGUCCCUUAGCCCUGCGGCCCGCCUUCUUCUUCGUUUCUUCUCCACUUCUCCUUCGUUCGGGCGGCGCGGGUGGAGACGCUCCGGCUGGUGGGGCUUGUCGUAUGGGAAACUCGCAAUUCUAGAACUCAGAUUUGGUAUACACAGUGCGGAAAGAAUCGAUAUCCGUGGGUUCGGCCGAUUCCCGCUCGUGUCAGGACGCAGCGCUGUUGCGAGUACACUACAGUGCAGGAUUUGAUCGAAUGCGCGUGAGGCUUGUUCUCGACUGACGCCGGAAGAAGUGCGAGCGAGAAUGCACGUCCUCGCGGGUGUUGGUGGUGGAUGCGAAUAAUCUGGCGACGAAUUAUAGUGUUCGUGUGCUUGGAGAUAUGGAGAAGUCUGUGUGUGAGGCAUUGAGAUCGAGAGGAAGAGUAUGAAAGAGAGAGAAGAGAGAAGAGAUAUUAUAUUUGUGUUCGUAGUUUGAGUGGCUGAAUAUUUCGGUUUCCGCAGUGCAACAUGUUGGAGAUUUCGUCCACGGCGGGAUGGAUCAGCACUUCCAUUUCGGUGCUGUUAGUUACAUUGGUCGUCGUUCUGCGGAAUUGGAAUUGGUGGAGCUAUGCGCCCAGUCUUCAGAAAGGCCAGGCUCCUCUCCCCCCCGGAGACAUGGGCUGGGCUGUCGUCGGCCACAUGCUUGACUUCCUCCGUGCGUUCAAAUCCCAAGAGCCUGACACUUUUAUCGGCAAUAUGAUCAAACGGUGGGGUCGAGUUCCACUUUACACUACUCACUUGUUUGGGCAGCCCACGGCGCUCGCAACGACCGCCGAGAGUAUUAAGCAGGUCUGCAUGAACGGCACAGUCUUCAAAUCCGGGUGGCCGAAGGCAACUCGCACCGUCCUUGGAAGAAAAUCAUUUUCCGUUCUCGAAGGCGAUGAACACAGGAGGCUCCGGAGGCUCACGGCACAAGGGCUCCAAGGACAAGAAGCGCUUAAGGCUUACAUCCCGCGAGUGGAAGAACUGGUCAAAGCGAAGCUUACGAACUGGGAAGCCUUAGGGCAGUUUAAGCUUGUGGAAAAGCUGCAACAGUUCACAUUCGAAGUGAUCACUUACGUUUUCAUGAGUUAUCCUGGCGGACCGCAAGCGCAAGAACUUCUUCACGACUUUGAACUGAUGGUUCAUGGUUUGCGCGCCAUGGCAAUAAAUAUUCCAGGCUUUGCAUAUUACAAAUCAUUGAAGGCCCGGAAGGAGGUGUUGAAAAAAAUCCAAGCAAUUCUUGAUGAGAGGAGAGCGACUAAGACCGCGAAUCAUGGAGAUGUGCUGGGGUCUCUACUGGAGAUGCAAGAUGAGAAUGGUUCUCACUUGACUGAUGAGGAAAUCAUUGACACUAUGCUGGUGUUCUUGAUUGCUGGUCAUCAAUCCUCAACUUUCUCUAUAAUGUGGGCCAUGAUCUUCCUUCAAAGGCACCCAGAAGCCCUGAAAGCAUGCCGAGAAGAACAGUUACGUAUUCGAGAGGCAAGAGAUCCAGGAGAGCCUCUUGCAUAUGCUGACUUCAGGAGCAUGAAUUUCCUCAAUGAUGUGAUAGACGAGACGUUGAGAAUCGUGAAUGUCUCUCCCUUUGUCUUUCGCAGAGUGACUGAAACGACUCAGAUUGAAGGAUUUACCGUACCGAAGGGGUGGUUCGUAGAAAACUGGUUUAGAGCAGUGCAUACGGACCCGGAAGUGUACCCCGAGCCCUAUGCGUUCAAACCUGAACGAUGGAAGACAUUCAGGCCCAAAGCAGGACAAUUUUCGCCAUUCGGUUUAGGCAAUAGGAGUUGUAUCGGCAUCGAGCUCGCUAAGAUGGAAAUGUCUAUUUUCCUCCACCUUGUUAUUUUGGAUUACAGGUAACCAUUUAGGACUUCAUUGGCGAUCGUGUCUAGUGCAAGCAGCUGCAAUGUGGGAGCCCAUCCAUCCUAAUGCGCCUGUUCGGUAUCUACCUCAUCCUCAACCUGUGGAUGGCUGUCUUAUAAACUUCUCACGAUUGUAGACUGUGGAUUGCUGAAGGCAUCUCUAUCAGUUGGAGACAAUUCGUCGACAAUGCUUCUGAUGGAAGCUCACUGGUUUUAGCAUGACAGGUUUGUAAAUAGCUGAAGGUGAAGACCCCGUUGUAAAGAAAGCAAAUCUCGAUUCAUGUCGAAUCUGUCUGAGACUUGUGGUACCUUCAAGAUUUUGGACAGAUUUCGAUAGGGUCUUUCAAGGAGAAAGGUUUGGAGUCCCAUCUUCAAUUAGGAGACGUAGGACACCCUCUUAUCCGUCCUGGAUGACAGUGUAAUAAACAGCUUAGAUGUACUAAGGAGGAAUGUGUCAAAUCUUAACUACCAGUGUGGCUAUCGGCUCUCAUCUGAUUUUCUAAAAUGUAUAUUAUAUUCUGUACAACCAACGAAAGGUCGAAGUCAUGAGAACCUUCCGUAAUGCUGAGGGUAGCAGCCAACUUCA